AUGGAUCUUCUGGCAAAUUUCAUGGCACCUGUGAGUGCCUCUGCCAAGGAGGUGGAGAACUCAAUCGGUACCCUUUCUGAUCGGCUGGCCCACUCCACUUUGUUGACGGAUCGAAGAGCAGCUGUCCUAGGACUGAAGAGUUACAGCAGACAAUACCGGGAAAAUGUGAUUGCUAGUGGUUUGAAGGCUCUUUUAGCCACACUGAAAAGUGACCUUAUGGAUACUGAGAUUUGUAAGGCGAUUUUGGAAACUUUACUUAUCCUGUUCAUUCGUGGUGAAGGUGAUCAGGACCUCACUCGUAAUUGGAUAUCUCAACAAUCGAGAACGCAGAAUGGGAAAUAUCCCUCUCCAAGUCUUCUAAUGAGUGAUGUAACUGUUGACCAGUUUUCCAUGUGGAUUGCUGAUGCUUUGACUCAGUCGCCUGACAAUGUUUUCCUGCUAAUUCAGAUCCUUGAGUCGGAGGAUUUCUACCUCAGAUUAUACGCAUUACAGCUUCUGGAAGCAUUGUGCUCUGUGCGUCCAGUCCGUACUAAGGAAUGUGUUUUGAAAUUUCCGGUGGGUGUUUCGACCAUAAUUGGAGUUCUAGAUGAUGUGAAUGAGCCCAUAAGAAACGAGUCUAUUCUGUUACUGAUGGGCCUCGUGAAUGAUAACUACAACAUACAGAAGCUGGUUGCCUUUGAAAACACUUUUGAUAAGCUAUAUGAGAUAAUUGAUUCCGAGGGUGGAAUUGAAGGCAGCAUUGUUGUUCAGGAUUGUCUCUCACUUAUCAUGAACCUUUUGAAGUUCAAUGCCUCGAACCAGAAGCUGUUCCUCGAAACCAAUUGCAUCCCAAAGCUGCUUCAGCUUCUCAACCAGCCGCUUACUGUAAGCGAAUAUGGUCCUCUUGUCUGGAAUGAGCAAAGGGUCAGUAAUGUGACAACAUGUUUGGAAACCUGCAGACUGUUGCUUAUUGAAGGAAGCGAUUCUGUCCAUACCAACCAAGAGAUAAUGGUGAGUUCUAAUAUACUGAUGGUGGUCUUGAAGUUGGUUUUUUCUGCAGAAACACCAAACCCUGUGCGUUCUACGGCUCUGUUGACAACCUCUGAUAUAAUCAAAGGUAACCCAGACAUCCAGCUUCAGUUCUCGCAAAUUGACGUUCCAUAUUUGGAUCCUGUUUUGCCGACCCAGACUCAAAACUAUGAUGACCUAAUUCCCGUCAAUGUGGCCCUCUUGAACUGGUGUCUGUUCUCGAAUUCUGUGCAUGUUUUUGACAUUCGUGUGGCAUCUUCGGUUGUGUUGCAUGCCUACUUUGCAGGUAAUGUGGAUGCAAAAGAAGCUUUCAUUGAAGAUCAGUGGAUUUCAUUUCAAAAGCUCAUGGGAAUAAAUGUUGAGGAAAAAGAUGACGCUUCCUCUUUGGAGGAUCAACAAACCAAUGGAGACACAAAGGAGGAAUUAACUGUCUCUGCCUCAAAUACAUCGAGUGCGUUCGAUGCAAACUCGCCCCAAGGAAACUUGUUCUAUACAUUAACGAAAAUCGAGCAUGAUUCACAGCUCAAUCCUUACAAGUUUUGGUUUGCAGCUGUGAUGCUGCUGUACUUGUUCGAGGAUUGUCCAGGAGCAAAGGAGAUCGCAAUGGGUGUGAAACUUGGAGGUGAAAAUGAAGAAGAAGAUGUCAUGACAUUCAUUCAGGCAGCUUCAUAUGCUCUUAGUUCUUCACUGAAUUACAGUGAUCAAAGAAUCUCUAUUGCAUAUCUCAUGAUGUUGAUUGUAUGGUUAUAUGAAGAUUUUGAGGCCGUUGAUAUGUUUUUAGCUGAUGAGUCCAUUAUUGACCAACUCCUGGCGUACCUUGCACAGACUUCCACUGAAAAUGUGCUGGUUCAAGGUUUGGUGACGAUACUUCUGGGUGUUUCUUAUGAGUUUUGCAGGUCCACCUCGCCCAUUCCUCGUGCACAACUCCACUCAAUCUUGGUUUCGCGUCUCGGUAAAACGACUUAUGUCCUCAAGGUUCUCCAAUUCCAAAAACAAACUCCAUUUCAUGAUUUUGAUCCUGCCGCAAUAUAUGACCCGGAGCGUGAUAUUACUGGUUUGCCCAAAGUCCUUUUUGAUGCGCUGUUUGUCAAUCUAGUGAAAGAUAAUUUUACUCGCAUACGUGGGGCCAUUAAUCACGAUCCAAACGUCGAGCCCGUUCAAAAGAUAUCUUUUGAGGCAUACGAGAAGGUUGAAGACCAGCUUGCCGAGAUUUCUUCCGCAUUCGAGGCCUUUCGUACAGAGAAGCUUGAGGAAAUCGAAAACAACGAAGCCACCAUCGUAAACCUCAAAGAUGAGCUUUCUGAUCUCAAAGAGUCUCAUACAAAAUCUGAAGAUGAGCUCUCAAAGCUUCGUGAAGCCCACACCGAAGUUUCUACUCAGCUGAAGGAAGCCACACAGGCUAUCACUGCUGUUGAAAAUUACAAUGAAGAUCUGAGCUCUAAAUGUUCUGACUUACAGAAGCAGCUUGAGGCUGCCACUUCUAAGGCAGGAAAACUUGAACAUGAAGGUAAGACAACCGCUGACCGUUUGGCAGAAGUCGAAAAGCAGAAGGUAACUGCUGAGAAUGGUAUCAACAAAAUGAGCAGGGAGCUGUUCCAACUAACCAGAGAGAAAGAUGCUCAAGAGAAGAGUAUCAAGAACUUGGAGAAGGAACUGGCCAAGAGUAGCAAGGCUCAAGAGAAGUUGGAAUCAACAAUGAAAACUGCAAUCAAGCAGAAAGAAGAUAGAAUUGCCAGUUUGGAGAAUCAGCUCAACUCGAUGACAACUGCCUUGAAGUCCGCUGGGCAAGACUAUGCCCAUCUCGAGGCUGAGCAUUCUGAGUGUGGUGAAAAGUUGACGAAAGCUGAUGAGUCAAACAGACAACUCAUGGAUAAGCUGAGGUCGGCUGCUGAGCUGAUAGAGAAGUUCAAAAAAACCGAUAAUGAAUCAAAGAAGCAUAUAGUUGAGCUGGAAUCGUCCUCUUCAUCAUUGAUCAAAGAGCUCGAAGAUCAGCUCAGUGAAAUAAAGCUCCAGCGUGAUAGUUUCAAGGAAAAGCAUGUUUCAGUAUUGGAAGAGUUAGGAUCUACCAAGGAGAAGUUGAUGGAAACUGUAUCCAAACAUGAAUCACUUUCAGAGGCUCUGAAGAAACAGUCAUCUGAGUUUGAGUCCAUAAAGGCUGCUUUUGAGGCAGCUCAAGCUGAGAAAGCGGAAUUGUUGAGUCAGAAAAAGAAGCUGGAGAAUGAACUCUCUUCUCUGAAGCAAAAGCACUCAGACUUCAGUAAUCAAUCAGAGACCUUGACCCGAGAACUAUCUGACCUGAAAUCCUCCCACGAACAGCUUCUUGGAGAAAAGAUCAUUCAUGAUUCAGCGAAAGCAGAGCUCGAUUCCCAGAUUGCAUCUUUGAAUGCAAAGAUUGCUGAAUUUGAGGCAUCUCAGGCUGCUGACAAAAAAGAUUCAGAUGCCCUCUCUCAGAAGUAUGAAGGCUUGUUAGCUGAGCAUGAUCGAUUCACUGCUGAAUCUGAAAAAUCUUCCGUUGAACUGAAAGAAUCACACGCAACGGCUAUCAGCAAACUUAAAUCUGAGAUUGAAAGUCAUCUGGAGAUGCAAGCUGCUAAGGAUUCGAAAACCAAAGAGUUGUCGGCAAAGAUCCAGGAUCUUCAGUCACUAAUAGAGACCAAAGAUAAGGAGCUGAAGAGGUUGAAUAAGGAGAACUCUGAAUUGAAUACAAAGCUAAAGGCGAUCGAGAAAGAAAAUGAAAAGCUGACCUCGGAGCUCAAUAUUGUCAAGGAGGUUUCUGAGAAGAAAGAGUCCACUCUGAAGGCAGAGGUUGCUAAGUUCAAAGAGCGUAGCACUUCUCUAGCUGAAGAAAAGGCUUCCCUCAACUCCACCAUUGAGAUGAUUUCUCAGAACAUACAGUCUAAAGAAGAGGAAACCACCAAGUUUUCCAAGGAUAUUUCCGAGUUGAAAAAGGCUCUUGCAGAUGCGGAGUCGGAAAAAACGUCUUCUCUUGAGGAGUUAGCUGCCAUCAAGGUUGCGUUGACUGAGGCUCAGGCCAAGGUUGAGCGUUCUCAAAGUGACUCUGAGGCUUCCAAAGAGGAGUUCAAAAAACUGUCAAACUCGCACAAGUCACUGGAGUCUAAACUUACGAAUGAAAAGGAGGUUCUCACCGAGAAAAUCUCCAAAUUACAAUCUGAAAUCUCCAAACUGCACGAAGAACUCACUCAGAAAUCGAAAGAAAUCGAUGAUGAAAGAAAGAUGCUCGUGGGAAGCUCUGAAUCGGCUGUGAAGGAGUACUCUGAUAAGAUAGCUGCCUUGGGAGACAAGCUUUCAAACUCAGAAAGGAUAAACUCAGCCAAGAUUUCCGACCUCGAGGAUUUGAAUGAAAAGCUAAAAUCUCAAACCAAGCAACUCUCGCUGCAAAUUGAGCAACUAAAAGCUGAUCUCGUGGAGACCAAGACCAAAAAUGAGGACCUAGAGAAGAAGAUGGUUCUCAGCAAAUCUACGUCUGAUAAGCUACUUGAAAAGCUCAAAACCGAUCUUAAGGCCUCAAAGAGUGAGAACGCCGAAAAUAUCAAGUCCAUUGGUGAUAAAGAUGAUCUUUUGCAAAAACUGCAAGCUGAGACCAAAGAGUAUCAGAAUUUGAAAGAGGCACAUGCCACCACUUCCGCCAAAGUAAAAUCUUUGGAAGACGAAUUGGCCUCCAAGACUGUCAAAAUCGAGGAACACUUGGCCUCGUUUAAGACGAGCACAGAUGAGUUGAACAGUUUGCAAACAGAGCUAAAGGACUCGAAACAGCAUUUUGAGAACUCGAAAUCUACGAUUGAAAAAUUAGAGAAGGAGAAGCUUGAACUUUCAGCUCAUGUGGAAGAGAUCGAGAAGUCGCAAAAAUCAGGUAAUGCCGACGCUGCCAAACAGGUCGCAAGCUUGGAGCAAAAAACUAGCACUUUGCAAGACUCUUUGAACGAGGAGAAGAGCAAAUAUUUGACUUUGGCUAAAGAACUGGAGGGCACGAAAAGUGAUCUGCAAAAGUCAGUAUUAGAGGUGGAGACAUUGAAAAAGAAGAUUACAGAGACCGAGGUAGCUAAGUCAGAUUUCGAAGCCUUGUUGGCUAAGCACAACGAGCUCGAAGUUUUGAAUAAAGAUCUUUCUGCUAAGCUCAUGAAGUCUUCUACCAAACUCUCUGAGAAUGAACAGGAACACAGUCAGACUGUGAAAGCCUUGGAGGCGGCCCAGAAAGAACUGAGUGCGGUUCAAUCCAAGCAAGGUUCUGCCGAGAAGGCAUCUGCUGAUAAAGAUAAACAGAUUCUGGAACUACAAGAGUCUCUGAAAAAGUCACAACUGGAGGUAUCCAAGAUGGUUCCGAAGAGUGAACUAGACGAUAUGAUGCUGCUGAUGUCCGAACUGGAUGAUAAGAGCAAGAAAUACAAGGACAUGGCCUCCAAGCUGGGAGCCGAGGUCUCCAGUGAUGAAGAGGAUGACGAUGAUGACGACGAUGAAGAUGAAGAUGAAGAAUGA